AUGCACGACCAGAUAAACCGCAACUCAAGGCCAGACUCUUUGUACUCAAGGAGAUUUGCGAGACGUUUGCCCGAUGGUGGCGUAACGACAGAUCAAAAUCAAAACAAUAUUAACGCAAGGAACAGGCCGCUGACUUUCAAAGAAAAUAUCGCACCGCUCAGCCCGACAAUCACGGACUUCAACCGAUAUUCCUUUCCAAUGUCGCCCUGUUCUCCGAGUGGGAAAUCCACCAAGAGCUUCUCAGACGCUCUGAACGAGAGCAUAAACAUUCAGCGGCAGGAGAAACGAACUGUCUCGCUCGUGCCCGAAAUUUUACUACACUCGGCCGUGCUGGAGAACAACAUCGAGGAAAUUUUGAAACUUCUAAAAGUUGACGGAGUCGACGUGAAUCGCGGCGCACAACUGGGACUAUUCUCGCUGCACCACGCCGCGUUUUCGGGUCUCGAAGAAGUCACGGAGAUUUUGGUCGAAAACGGUGCGGACUUCAACAUCACGACGCCAGAAGGAUUGACCGCCCUCGAAGCGGCAGUUUGCGCUGGGAACUUCGAAUGCGCAGAAAUUUUAAUCAGAAAUGGUGCGCCUGUUGACAGCAUCAAGGACGGAUUUGUUGACCGAAGUUUUUGCAAUUUCAUCGGCAGUAAUUCGAUGUCAGCAUAA